AGCCAAAGACCCCUAUGGCUUUCUCACCACGGUUAUCCUGGCUUUGACCCCUCUGUUUAUCGCCAGCGCCCUGUUGUCAUGGAAACUUGCCAAGAUGAUCGAGGCCAAGGACCGUGAGCAAAAGAAGAAACAAAAACGACAAGAGAACAUUGCCAAAGCCAAGAGGGCCAAGAAGGAUUGAGCUUGGCAUGGAGAGGGGUCAAUGUAACAGUCUGGUCCCCGAUAUAUGGCUCUUCUCUUAACCCAGGACAGUUCUUAUGGGACUUGGAGCAAGACUGGGCUUGAAAGAGGCCUUAGUAAACCCUUAGAGGGAACAUAUAAUGGGGAGUUGAUUGAUCUCAGUGGCAGGACUGCAGUACUUUUCCAGGAUAUUAUCAAUACAGUGGAAAAUGCACUGCAUUGUUGUGUUAUACACCAUUGUGCAGUACUCUGCAUUCCAUUUUUUAUUGGGUUGAUUGAUUGUGUUUUCCAAGCUGAAUCCACAAAACACUUACAUUAUGCUUUUUUUUUAUUAAUAAAAUAUCUU